AUGGCCUCGGCAAUGGAAUCCCACUCGAACGCCGUCACACGUAUCGCAAGCAUAAUUCGUGGCUUCCAUGAUUCUAAAUCACCAUUCCGAAUCUACCAUGGUUCCACAAACAGUACGCGCCGCCGUAGCAGCUUGACGAACAUCGUCGACAUCUCUGGGCUUGACCAUGUACUCUUUAUCGACCAGGAGCGCAAGACCGCCCUUGUCGAGCCCAACGUAUCGAUGGAUACGCUAGUACAGCACACCCUGGCACACCAGCUCAUUCCUCUCGUGGUCAUGGAGUUCCGCGGGAUCACGGUCGGUGGAGGGUUCUCGGGAACCUCGGGCGAGUCGAGUUCGUUCAAAUAUGGUUUCUUCGACCGGACUGUUCGGCAAAUCGAGAUCAUUCUUGGCAACGGUGAACGGGUGAAUGCGUCUCGUACCGAGCGAUCGGAUCUGUUCUGGAGCGCCGCGAGCAGCUUUGGCACCAUGGGCGUCGUCACGCUUCUAGAGGUUCAGCUGCGUGAGGUGGGACCAGAUCCUCAUCUGGAGCUGCAGUAUUUGUUUGCUAAUAGUAUGGAUGCGGCACUCAAAACAAUGCAAGAAGCUAUGUCUGACCCCGAGUCGGAGUACAUCGAUGGAAUCAUGUUCAACAAGGGCGAGAUUGUCAUUUGCAGGGGUCGCGUCAACCCUGGUCAUCUCAUGGCUCGCACAGAGCCCGUUCGACGGUUUGCACGGGCGGGGGAUGAAUGGUUCUAUAUCCAUGCAGAAAGGCAGAUGCGGAAAGCGAAAGCGUCCCCCGGAUCCGCCAUCGAUUAUAUCCCGCUGGAGGAUUACCUUUUCCGAUACGACAGGGGCGGGUUCUGGGGUGGGAAGUAUUGCUUCCAGUACUUCUUUGUGCCGUUCACUCGGUGGACGCGCUGGCUGUUGAGCUGGUUUAUGGGAACCAGCAUUAUGUAUCACGCUUUGCAUGAAAGUGGGCUUGCGAAACAGUACAUCGUCCAAGAUGUCGGGAUUCCAUAUGGCAAGGCCGCAGAGUUUGGGCAUUGGCUGGAUGACAACGAGAACUUUGGCUACUACCCCCCUCUGGCUCUGUCCAUUGAUGAUAACACGCCGGAAAUACUGCUUAAUUUCGGGAUAUGGGGGCCUGGGCCGACAGAUCGGCUGCAGUUCAUCUCGAAGAACCGUAAGCUUGAGCAGAAGGUGAGCUCUCUUGGGGGUAGGAAAUGGCUCUAUGCACACACCUACUACACCGAGGAAGAGUUCUGGUCCAUUUACGAUCGUAAGCAGUAUGAUGCUCAGCGCAAGAAAUACUUUGCUACGGAUCUACCCUCUAUAUACGAGAAGGUCAAAAUGCAGAUCGACGACGUGACGCCAUCCUGGUACCAAUGGGCGUGGAGUCUCAGGCCAUUUGCUGGAUUAUACGGAGCGUGGAAGGCGAUACGUGGAGGGGACUAUCUAGCCAAGAAGUAA